UUUUUCAUUUGUUUUUCACUCUGAUGUUAGUCAGAAUUGUUCUAUAUUUAGCCCGAGUUUGUGUUGCUAUUUUUGUCAACAACUGGUAGGCAUAGGGGGUUCCAGCCUGGCAAAUGCACUAUGUACUCUUCAUAGCUAAGAAGGAAAAUCCAUUUAGUUUCUUAUGACUGGAUUUCUCCAUUUAGACACUUUCAGUGAUUAAACAUUUUGUGAUGGAGGUGUUAUACAAAAGACAAGGUGAAAUGAGAAGUGACUGUAUGCAUUGUCCACCUGCACCAUUUGUGCAUCAAGUGAGAUUGAACAAUGUUACCUGGGAAGUACCUGAAAAAUACAAGCCCCUGAAGCUAGUGGGCUCAGGGGCCUAUGGACAGGUCUGUUCGGCUGUAGAUACCCAGAGAAACACCAAAGUGGCCAUAAAGAAACUGGCCCGACCAUUCCAGUCUGCCAUUCACGCCAAGAGAACAUACCGAGAACUCCGCAUGUUGAAACACAUGAACCAUGAAAAUAUUAUUGGCCUUUUGGAUGUGUUCACAGCAACUACAAAUUUUGAUGACUUCAAUGAUGUAUAUCUGGUGUCCCCCUUAAUGGGAGCAGAUUUAAACAACAUCAUCAAGACACAAACUCUCAGUGACGACCACGUACAGUUCCUAGUUUAUCAAAUUCUACGAGGACUUAAGUAUAUACAUUCAGCAGGAAUCAUACAUAGGGACCUCAAACCUAGCAAUAUAGCUGUCAAUGAAGACUGUGAAUUAAAGAUUUUGGACUUUGGUCUGGCCCGGCACACAGAGGACUCCAUGACAGGUUAUGUGGCCACCAGGUGGUACCGGGCACCAGAGAUCGUCCUCAACUGGAUGCACUACAGUCAGACAGUGGAUAUUUGGUCAGUGGGAUGUAUUAUGGCGGAAAUGCUGACAGGCAAACCUCUUUUUCCAGGAACAGAUCAUAUAGACCAGCUGACUCGAGUUUUGUCUUUAGUAGGAACUCCAAAUCAGACACUGCUAGACAAAAUCAACAGUCCAGAGGCGAGGAAUUAUGUUGCAUCAAUGCCAAAGUGGCCAAAGAAAGAUUUCAGAGAAGUGUUCAUUGGAGCUAAUCCACAUGCAAUAAAUUUGUUGGAGCAGAUGCUGGACUUAGACGCAGACACGCGUAUCACAGCGACGGAGGCCCUCGCGCACCCUUACUUAGCUCAGUAUGCUGAUCCUAGUGACGAACCGACUGCCGAGGCUUAUGACCAAUCAUUUGAAGACAUGGAGCUCACUAUACCCGAAUGGAAAGUUAAAGUUUAUGAAGAAGUAGUGAAUUAUAAGCCGCAGUGAUGUCCCCUGUUUAUUUAGCUGACUCAUUCAUCUCGCUCCAUAGAUCUCUCUGUAUACAGACUCUACUGUUACUAGAUAUUAGGACUCAGUCAUACAACAUCAACAUGCAACAUUUGGACGCCAUCAUUUCACAGGAAAUAAUAUACUUUUGUCAUGAAAAAUAAUGUGUCAUUGAAAUCAAACCGGGUCAUUGAAAUUUAAUUAGGUCAUUGAAGUUACUUGCAAAUAUUUUUUGUAAAUUUUGAGUUUUUAGAAAAAAAUUAUUAAUUGAUGCUAGCUCGUUAAACAGGGCAUUUGUACACAGUAUUUGUCGCAUAAAGUGUUUUUUUUUUCAAAUUGCGCACAUUAUAGUCAUGUGAAAAUAGUGUUUAAGCAAUGCAUUGUUUGAAUUUUUUUUAACAUGCAAAGUAAAAUUCUUCAAACAUUCAUGUUCAUUUUUCUUAUUAAACAUGUUAAAGGAAAAUUUUUUAUGUCAUGUUGGAUGUUAAAAGAAUCGUAAUUGAGGAUAAUGCAAAAAGAAUAUAUUGAAUUCAGUUUGUUACUUGAUCAAAUGCAAAACAAUUGUGUGUGAAAAUUUUGAAAGUGCUUUCAAGGUUUAGCAGGUUUUUUUUUGUAUUGAUGAAUUACAUUUAACAUUUUUGUUAACAUUUAAAGAGAGCUUUUUUUGAGUUGCUCUCUUCAAUUAGAACAACAUAUCGUACGUGUUCUUACAACUUUACCUCAGACAAUACUUAACAUUACACUGUACAUGUACUGUAAAAUCACAUGGUUUUUUGGGGUCAAAUAUUUGUGGCUGGAGGAAAAAAUAUGGGUUCAUGGGGAUUUAAUUUCUUGUAUGAAGAAUUGUUCAGUGCUAAUAUCCAUAAAAAAUAUAUUUCAUGGUAGACAUAAAUUCAUGGGUCUCUUCAUUCCUCUAAAACCACGAAAAUUAAACCCCCAUAAAAUUUAAUGAUUUUACAAUGUGUCAAACUUGCAGUAGAUUUCUAUCUUCCUGAAACUUAUUUUGACAGUAGACAAAUAAAUUUUUACAUGAUGUUUAUAGUUGUGUAUAUGUAUAAGGUAAUUUGAAAACUGUCUGCAUUUGAUUUAAUUGAAAACAAAAAUGGUGCUGCAUUGGCCUAAAUCAGUUAUUUAUAUGCUAAAGUGAUGAGUUUGUCUGCUAUUAUACAGUACUUCUGUCUUUUAAGAAUUUGAGGGUGUUUGAACUGUAUUGUAAGUUACAUAGUUUAAAGUGUAUGCUAGCUUUACUGAUAUGUUUACAUAUUUUAAUAUAAACAUCACUGCAUUCCUCUCAUGCAUGGUUGGUGACUUGCAUUGAAAUUUUUGAAUGAAUUCAGUUCCCUUUUUUUAUGUAGAUUGAAUUCAAAAUUCUAUGAAAUUACUGUUCAAAAAUAAAAUCCAAUGCAUAUAUUAUUAUCUGUGCAUGAAGAAGUUGUGAAUAAAUGAAUGGAAAUCUAGUUUAUAAAAAAAACUUUAUUAUUGUGAGAUUUGAAAUUAUGCUGUAAGAUUGUAGACUUAAAAGUCACGGAGGAAUUUUUAUGACCUCAGACAUUUUUUUCACUUUAAAUACAAUGCUGUUUUUAGGUAUAUGAUGCCAAGUUAGAAUUUGUCGAAGAAAGAAAAUACAUGCAUUGUAGAUAUUCAUAGAAAUUUAAAGCUAACUCUCUCCCUUAGCAUCAAUUUUGUUCAUGCAGACAGAGGUUUUGUUUAACAUCAUUGCGUGCAGACAUUAGCUUUGGCUGAAUAUCUUUAAGGUGGCUGAAUAUCUUUAAGGUGGCUGACUGAUAUUUAUGCAAUCCUGUCUCCACAUCUAGCAUAACAGUGGGCAGAUUUUUGUAGUGUUGGACGUUGUGUCAACGGACACUAUUGUUAAUAUCAUUACUUCCCUUUGUUAAUCAUGGUUACCAAUGACUUGUUGUCAACUUUGAACAUUUUCUGUUGAGUUUGAUAGAUUUUUAAGAGAUGUGGCAGUUGAUUUAUACUUAUAUUUUUUCAUGAUUUCAAAUUUUUAUGAAUAAAAAAAAAUGUGUGCUAUUUGAAUUACUUGUAGAAAUGACAUUUUAUAAACUUUAAAUUCAUUUUUUGUAGCAAUUUUUUUCUAGAUCCUCAAUUUAUAACUUGAAGAUUGUUCUUAUUGUGAAGACAUAAUGACAUGCGUAUGUUCACUGUUCCAUCUUAU